GGUUCAGCCCUGUUUUUAUACAGUCUAUAUUUGGUUCAGCCCUGUUUUUAUACAGUCUUUGGUUCAGCCAGGCAGGGCGGUAAAGGGUUAAAGGGUUUCUCAUACUGCUGCUAGUCUUUUUGUUCAGUCUCUAGUAGCACGACAACGAACUUACUGACAGCUGCUCAACGGAUCUUCCUUGCGACUUGACACAAAAGAGAGCAGCAGUCAUGGGGAAAGGAUGUAUUGCUGCCACCAAGUAUUUCCUGUUCAUGUUCAACCUCCUCUUCUUUAUUUUUGGAGCUGUAAUCUUGGGCUUUGGACUAUGGGUCAUGCUGGAUAACCAGAAAUUCAUCACGGUUUUGCAUGAGUCCACAACGCUGAAAGUUGGCACCUAUAUCUUGAUUGGGAUUGGAUCUCUGUCCAUGCUUAUGGGCUUCCUGGGCUGCAUCGGUGCCAUUUAUGAGGUCCGCUGCCUGCUUGGACUGUACUUUACCUGUCUCCUCCUCAUCCUCAUUGCCCAGGUGACGGCUGCUGUCCUCAUCUACUUCCAGCGAGACCUGGUAGGUGACCAUACCUCUGAAAGUGUACAGCAGGCAUAUUCAAAUGGCGGACCGCGAGACAUAAUGUUUUUCCUUUCUCAGACAUCUGAGCAAGCCUGGGACUACCUCCAGAGAACGAUGAAGUGCUGUGGUUGGACUGGACCAUCUAACUGGACGGAGAAUGUGGUGAUAAACAGUCAAAAGAACAAUUCUCAGAUUCUAUACCCAUGUUCCUGCAGAAAUGAAUCCAUCAGUGGCACAGAUAUAAAAGAAACAGGCCUGUGUGAAGCUUUGUCCCCUGAAUGGCCUGUCUUCACUACGGGUUGUAUAUCUAGUGUGGAGGACUGGCUCCUAAGGAACUGUGGAGUUAUUCUGGGAGUCUGUGUUGGAAUAGCAGUGAUUGAGCUUUUAGGGAUGAUCCUGUCCAUGUGCCUCUGCAAGAGUAUCCAACAGGAGGAUUACACCAAAGUACCCAAAUACUGAGAGCAAACCCCUCUUCAGUGACUCACCCCACAUCAGAAAACACCAGUGUUACACCUCUCCACACCAGCAACAACUGGAACAAAGCAUCACCCACAUACACAUAUCCGUUCUUCACUUUAUUAUCCCCCUUAAACAUCGAAACGUCAUCCUGUUUAGGAUCAGCAUUUUACGAUGAGGAUUGUUGUACCUUUUUCUUUUAAAUAAACUAGUGAUCUUUUCUUGUUAGUGCUCUGCGGGGUCUGAAUAGCUUUAUAUUUGUAUAGCUACAUAUACUGUACGCUGACUGUUGCAUUUAUGCUUUUCAUUGUUAGUUGAAUCUGAGAGCACUUUAGUGGAUAGCAAGUUUGAAAUGGGAAAGAGCUAUCAGCUACUUUUAAAAUAUUUUUAUAAACUAGAGGGGAAAAUCAACACUUGUUUUUUUUUUUAA